UCAUGUCGCUUUACGGCUGCUGUGUUAGCUGCCGUGCAGGUUGCAUGUAGAGACACACAGUCACCAGCAUGGCGUACAGUGCGAAGAUCGGCCCGUCCAUCCUGAGUAGCGACCUGUCCUGCCUGGGCAGCGAGUGCGUGCGGAUGAUGGAGUGCGGGGCAGAUUAUCUGCACCUCGACGUCAUGGACGGGCAUUUUGUCCCCAACAUCACAUUUGGCCAUCCCAUGGUGGAGUGCUUGAGGAAGUCAGUAGGCCAAGAUCCUUUCUUUGACAUGCACAUGAUGGUGUCUCGGCCUGAGCAGUGGGUGAAGCCCAUGGCUGCAGCAGGAGCCAACCAGUACACCUUCCACUUAGAGGCCACGACAAACCCCGGAAACCUCAUCAAAGAGAUUAAAGAAAGUGGAAUGAAGGUGGGUUUGGCCAUAAAGCCUGGUACGACGGUUGAAGAGCUGGCACCCUGGGCUAACCAGAUCGACAUGGCUCUGGUCAUGACUGUUGAGCCUGGCUUUGGGGGACAGAAGUUCAUGGAAGACAUGAUGCCCAAGGUGAGCUGGCUGCGGAGCCAGUUCCCUUCAUUAGACAUCGAAGUUGAUGGCGGGGUCGGCCCUGACACCAUUCACAAGUGCGCGGAGGCAGGGGCCAACAUGAUAGUGUCAGGCAGCGCUGUGAUCGGCAGCGAAGACCCCCGUUCCGUCAUCGCCCUCCUCCGCACGGCGGUGGCCGAAGCAAUCCAGAAACGAUCGCUGGACCGUUGAAAUGUCCCACUUCUGGAAGUCCCCGCAGCAACGCUCUGCCUGCCCUUCUCAGCAACAAACCACAGCGAUCGGUGGGAAAUGACUCGACACAGACAUUUCUGGGGUAGAAGUCUAGGGGUCACGGUCAGAGCGAGGGGGCUUUAGUGGAGGUUUUGAGCCGGCGGCUCCAAACCCAACUCACUUUUUUUU